AAUGCAACAGACCUCCCGUGGUUAUGGGACCGUUUCUUCGUAGACCCUGAGCUAGUGUCACCGUCCCGUGCCCCCGCUUCACCGAUGGACCCGUGAGACGAAGAAGCGAUACUCUGUAGAUCACCAACUAGCCAAGAUGAGUGGGCGUCUAUGACGUUGCACUGCCGCUUUGUUCGGAAUGAACUAACAAUCUCAUCGCCCCAUGCCGUCAUCGACUCCUCCACUUCCUAAACUCAACCUUGAACCAUUCUCGACACGUUGGACUUCAUCGGCGCAUCUAUAGAUAGAACUACAAAAUGACCGAAUCACCACAAGAAACCGUUACAAAACACCUUUCGCAUCCAAGAAAACCGCUACGACCGAUACUUACCUCUCUAAAUGGCGAUAACAGCUGGUUGAUGUCCUUCCCUAGGCCUGAGGCGGAUAGGGCCGCUACGGGGAAGGUCUUCUACCAUCUUGCUUUUGAACCAUGGCUGAAUGGAGCUGCGCAUGUUGGACAUCCAUGGAUCGUACACCUUGCUCGUGUGGAAAAGGAGGGCAUUUCGACCUUUGAAGACCUGGAGAAUCUGAUUCGCGAGAUCGAGCAAGCUGCCUCUGCGCAUUUGCCACAAAAGGCUCAAGAUCAAGUCGUCCAGCAACAGUCGACAAGACAACUCGAUGCUAUCCUUCUUGGUUUCUUUUACUCCGACCAUCUCCAUCCAGAAACUCUGAAAACGUUUCCUCCCGAGAUUCCCGUUAUAGUAACCGCACCUGGAGCUGCCAUAAUCGAGCCAUGGAAUCACUUCAAGACCAUCAAAAUCAUCAACAACUUCGAUUCCUCGGCGACAACUUGGAACUCACCAGACCUGCAUCCAGGCGAUCCUGUUCCCAGCUGGUUCACACCGACGAUGAUACUCGGCAAAAGCGAACUAAACUUUGUCUUUGCCAUAAUCUGGUCUCAUACCAUCAACGGCGAAGAAAUCCACGAAGCAAUUCUAGACUCUCCUCACGGCGUGCAACUCGACGCAAAACCCCUCGAAGCAUUCCUUGCAUCAGAGCCCAAGACAAAGAAACUAGCUAUGCUUCACGGUCUUAAAGAAAGUCAUACUGGCGGUAUCCAAACAUGUUAUGGCGCAAAAGGUGGUCUUGGACUGCAUCGAAAGGUUGGAGGCGUAGAACAUUGGGUUUCGACGAACUCUUCUGAGCUGAAAUAUACUGGGAUAUUCAUGAGACUUGUUUGGACUACUGAUACGCCGAGGACAAUUGAAUGGGCGUUGGAGGAGGAGAAGAAGGAGCAUCCUGAUGAAGAGUUGUCUGGGCCGCCGAAUUUCAUCAAUGUGCCGAAUGGUGCAUCGACGGUUUUGACGUGUUAAUGAAGCUGCACGUUUUGUUAUUCGCCAGACGAGAACCAGCUUGUUUGGGCUGGGUGUUACAAAUCGGUUUGUUAAUGAGCAUAUGACUACUUGAAUACGAUAUCAUUCAUUGCGGAGACAGAUGCCUGAGCCUGAAAACUGGUGUCCCUACCGUUGAGAUUGAAUGCAUCGAAAAGAUGAGGCUUGUGAACAUUAUUGCAAUGGCUUCUCAGAGACAGCGG